AUGGCUCCUUCUGCUCGGCACAGCAAGAGCGAAUUUAGCCUGCAAGAAGAGGAGUGCUACUACGGGAUUCAGAAGUCGGACAGAAAGACCAGGAAGCCUCUGGUGGAAAAGCAGAGGCGAGCUCGCAUCAAUGAGAGUCUGCAGGAGUUGAGGAGCCUGUUGGCUGAUUCAGACCUGCACUCCAAGAUGGAGAACGCUGAGGUGCUCGAGAUGACUGUGAAAAAGGUGGAGGACGUCCUGAAGAACCGAGCGCAAGAAGCAGACACACUGAGCCACGAAGCGAGCGAGAGGUUUGCUGCUGGCUACAUCCAAUGCAUGCACGAGGUCCACAUGUUUGUGUCUACCUGUCCCGGCAUCGAUGCAGCGGUGGCGGCCGAGUUGCUCAACCAUCUUCUGGAUUGCAUGCCCCUGAACGAAGACCACCUCCAGGACGUGCUGAUGGAUCUAAUCACGGACACGUCUGGAAACGUGGGCAGCGCCGGGUCGUCUUCCGCCCUGUCGCCGGCCCCUUCCGGCACAUCUGGCGAGGACUCCUGCUCCGAUCUGGAUGACACCGACAGCGAGCACAACCAGAGUACUACGCAAGCUUUGGAAAACGGGGAAGCUAUGAGCACACCCACAGUGACCUACUCCAGGUCCAUGUGGAGACCCUGGUAA